UGGGAUGUCACAGAUAGAGAGCGUGUGACAUGGCUCUCGAUGGACAACAUGUCACACACAGCAACAGGAACUGGAAGUCUGGAAGAUGAGGCCAUGGCUGCCUGUCAGUGUCAUCAGGGAAUCUUUGUCUGCAUACAGUCAACCACCACCAUAAACUUCUUGAAUGCCUAUGGGUCGGAUCUCAGUCCCAAAAAUUCCGAUUGGCGACCCCCUGAACAAGCGAGCAGUCAUCUCAGAUAUUUCGACCGCGGUCUCAUACGUGAUCAGAUUGUUGGACCAUGGUGCUGGGAAUGUUCUGGCGAUCAGUGGGGCUGGGAUGAGUGUGGAUUCAGGCAUCCGUGCCUACAGAGGUGCCAAAGGAUCUUACAUUAUCAAUAAAUCAUAUCGACCCAUAUUCUUUCAUGAAUUUUUGGAGUCUCACAGUUUUCGGAUACGAUACUGGGCUCGAUCGUACUUGGGUUAUCCUACGGUCCGAGUUGCCGAACCCAACGUGGGACAUUAUGCGGUUGCAGCAUUGAUGAAGAUGGGGUACAUCCGGCACUUGAUCACACAGAAUGUAGAUCGAUUACACCACAAAGCUAUCGGCGUCAAACAGGACAGUCAUGCACCGGAUUACUUCAAUCCCCAUCCCAAUAUCUUGGAGCUUCAUGGAACCCUAAAACAUGUCAAUUGUUUAUCCUGUGGCCACCAAAUCGACCGAGACGAUUUCCAAGAUCUGCUUUCCGAGUUAAACCCAUCAUGGAAAAACUAUGCUGACACCCUACAGAGCAUCGGCCAGGAAGUCAAAACCAAUCCCGAUGGUGACGCUGAUGUAAAGGAUAAAUCGUUCGACUCCUUUGUUGUACCUAAUUGUGAGAAAUGCACUGUUGGGCUUCUAAAACCUGCUGUAACGUUUUUCGGAGAAUCGCUGAGCAAAGAAGCCAAGGAGCUGGCCAACCGACGCGUCUCAGAAGCCACGAAUCUGCUCCUUCUGGGGACUUCACUGACGACCUAUUCGGCGUUCCGAUUAGUAAAAGAACUCAAGGAGAAAGCCGGCUCGCAAAUCGGGAUGAUCAACAUUGGGACGACUCGAGCGGACGAGUUGAUUGACUGGAAGAUUGGCUCCCAUCUGGAUACUGGUGGCUUAGGAUGCAGUCAAGUACUCAAAGAGGUCGGAUUACAAUUGGCCGCACGUCAGCGUUUGCCCGAUUCACAUCCAGUCAUCGAAUUGUUGCACAGUGGGGUCAUGAAACCACUGGAUUGACCAGCCAGUCCCUUCCUCGUCCCAUGCUUCAAUUUGGAUGCAGUGUAUAGAAUAUAGAUGAUUGUAUAGACAAGUUUAAAUUUUUGUUUCUACAUAAUGGAUGUUUCAAAUACUAGAUGUUGUCAUGUUUAAUGCAAGCUUGACUGUAACUGCAACCCAUGGUCUUAGAUUAGGGGAUCAUGAAUUCGAUCCAUGGGAUUGUAUUUGAAACAU